CGUUCAGAUAUCUAUGGGCACAAGUUCUGUAUGGUAUAUCGAGGAGAAUAGAAGAGAGAGACACAAGGAACGAUGUAUUCGUUUCGAUGGCCCCGCAAAAACGCGACAACAUUCUUCACAUGCGAGAAUAUCAGAGAAAAAUACGAGAAUGCGGGAAAAACUGGAUCAGGGACCAUUACCCUUCUCUUCAGGAUGUUGAUGAGACGUCUUCUGCUGAGAAUGGCUUGGUAGAGCUCAUCUGGGCUUCUCAACUUGGUGCAUUGCAUCGAAUCGACCCUAAAUGUUUCGUUUUAAGUUCAGAGGGGACUGAAUACGAAGACUUUACCGACCGUUGUCUUAGACUCGGUGACAGACUAAGGGACUCCAUGUUGCGACACAAGUCCCCAUUCUACACCAUGGCCUUUGUAGGUAGAGAAGAUACCGCGACUGACGUCCAGACAGAUGGACCCACCACCGCCUAUCCCUGUCAUAUACGUCACAUUGCCGAUCAAGAGGUGCCUGAACUCCGUCUACAGCUAUGCUCAGAGAGGACGACCCCUGGACAGGUCAAGGGUUGCCUUCAGGAUAUGACUUCUAUCGCUUCAGAAGACGGUGGAAAAUCAUGGGAGUACGCGCUGAAAAGAGAUUGCAAGACUUUACUGCCCCAGAUUUCGGUUUCCCAGAAAGGGUGGAGGGCCUGGAUACUCCGCAACCUCAAUGAUUUCGUACGGAUAUGUCGUGCUCUUCCUGUUGGCUUUGAGCAUCUAGAACCUUCCGCGUGGCCUGUGAUCACCAUGAAGUUUCCGAAUUUUCAAAAAGGUGGCUUUGACAAGGGACUUGAGGGUAUUGGCGAUUCUAACUCACAGGAACACUGGAAUGAGAUGAUUCGAGAAGUGAUCAGAAGAGCGGACACCGUGAUAGGUGUGGUAUCACUGCGAAACUUCUAUGACAAGUCAUGGCAGAAAUUGCCAGAUAUCAUACGCAGUUGUAGCAGUGUCGAGGUAGCUGCUGUUGUCAUGACCAUGCUUGAUUAUGGUUCUCCAACGGAAGAGGAACUCAAGAGAAGAAAGUGGUUGAUUAAAAGGGCCUUUUGGCCUCCAGGCAUCGACACAUCCUGGGGCAGCGGUGGUCAGGUCCUCGCUUGUUCAUCAUUGUACGGACCACCCCUGAUGCGACUGAAAGCCAUGCUCGAGGGCGGAAUAUCGCCCUCAUGGACACAAUUAUGGGAGCCGGACCUGUCAAAUGGUUCUUCUCUACUCUACUCUGAAGAUGGGAUGGAUGUGUUUGAAGCAGAACCGGCGGAAGAACUAAAGAAACGAGUUCAGACCCUCGAAACCGAGCUCGGUCUGAGUCAAACGAUCAAUGGCCUGGCGGCAUUACUGUCAAAUCCAAAGCCUCAAAUUCUAAUAUAUGAAUGCAAAGGUAUCAUAUCCUUGUCGAAACUAAUUAAUUAUGAUCUUAGGCGAAUGCUGGCUGCCGUAGGAAAAGCUGAGGCGGAUGUCCUAUUCUCCCCAACGGACAGUGCUAAUUCCAAUGAUCUCAUGGAGCUCUUGGACCUAUGGAAUCAGCACGCAUCACUAUUUUUCCAUGACAUUCAAGACAUUGCAGCCAAAUCAUCUCAUAACUGGGCAAAAAAAUAUGAAGAUUCAACCAACUCUGUCAUAGAAAUAGCCCUUAACGAACUUCGAAGCUUGGAGAUGGAAAUUCCCGUCACCGCCUCCUCGACUCUUCUUUCAUCACACGAGUUCACAGAACGCAAUAAUUUGAAGCAAUAUCUCGAUAGUUAUCGAGAGAAUCUUCAGCGAGUCAUUACCCAUCUCGAUGAUGUUGCAUCAAAGGAAUUUCUACAGGCUAGCCACCAAGCGCAUCUCAAUCGCCUGUCUGAUCUAUAUUCCAAGAUAGAAUCAAAGAACCCGGAAGCUAUCGGACAGUGGCCAUCCGCAGUAACUGGAUUGAAACACCCGACUAUUCCGUUAUCGGAGGCUGCACUCUCUGAAACAUCAUCCUUUGUUUCAGAAAAGCGGGCUAAAUAUACACUUAAUGAGGCCUUUUCUCUUCUUCAAGAGAGAAGCCUCCAAUUUCUUGACCCCGGAUUCCAUAGUCAAGGACGGAUCGCUCGCCUAUCUCUUAUAUCCAGAUCCUUACUAGCUGCAGCCACAACCAUCCCUUUUCUGUUAUCUAUACCCUAUUGGCUUGUCAAGACCUAUGUUGAGUCCUACAGACUCAGUAUAGAAGGUUUUCGCGAAACAUCACGGAAACUGGCCAUCAGUCACUCGUCCAACCUCUUGAAGCAGCUCGAAACAGACGUGGUGGAAUAUGAGAUCAAAGAAACAGAGAAUGCGAUAAAAUUCAUAUCCGCAAAAUUCUCAGUUCCCUUGGAUUUCGAUCCGAAUAAAAGUCUCCCUGACCUUCCUACUGAAACCAUUCAACUAGCUGUUGCGGCAAACUGUGAUGUCCUCGCCUCUUUAUCUGCAUUUGACCAAAUACUGGCUGCAGCAAGUCGACUCACUUAG